AUGUCACUGUUGAUUGGUACCAGUAAUUCAAAUAUGCCGCAACCCGGUACAUCAUUUAGUGAACUACCAGCCGUAAACCGUCAUCAAUUCUCAGAAUCGAUCAUUACCACCGUUGCCGCUGUCAACAAUAUUACAACCGCCACGACCAACAACAGAAAUAAUAAUGUCAAAUACCAUGAUUCUAAUGGUGAAGUAAUGAUGAUGCUUAGUAAUCAUGCAGCUGAUAGUAAUGAUAUGUCACCGCGAAGUUUUCAACCCAAUCAUACUGACGACGAUAUGGAUGCACAGGAGCUGGCAUCAAUACCACGUAAAUAUGAAUAUUAUUUCAUGCCAAAUAAAUCACAAGUACUAUUUUAUUUGAGCGAUGCAUCGUUAUUAAGGAUUCGAAGGGCUGGAACUGAGCUACAGGUUACCGAUUCCAUCGAUUUUCCGUUGUUUGAUAUUUGGGAAGAAGUAAACUGUGAUAAAUCAACUAUGAUUUUGGAGUCAUACGGUAGAACGGUUUUACUGGUAUCGAAAAGUUCGGCUGCCGGAUGUAUUUCUGGGAACAGAUCAGAACCACCCUUAGUUGCUGUAAAUGACUGGAAUGGUGAUUUAUUUGGUUACUUUGUGCCUGGUGAUCCAUUUCUGAUAGAAGACAGUGAUAAGCAAACGAUAGCAAAAAUUUUAGCUGCUGAAAGUGCAUAUGGAAGAGUUACGGUAUGGAUCUGCGUGUUAGAAGGAUCCGGUCAGGAAAUGGCUCGAAUGGAGGAGUACAAUACAAUUUACUUUAACAAGAAUGUUGGCGGCUUCCAAUUAAAGCUACUAACUUUGGCUGCAUUCGCCCGUUUAACCGUUUCGGAAUUAGUCGGAGGUCAAUCCUGUUGUGGCUCUUUCCUUUCAAUGUUAUUCCGCUGUUAGCUGUAAUUGUAGC